AUGGUGGAAAUUGCAUAAAACUUUAGAAAAUUAGAUAUUUUUGGUCAAUAAAUUAGACUAAAAGCAUCAGGAUAAUCUGUUUUUCAAACUUAUAUUGGAGCAUUUAUGACAUUAUUAUUAUUUAGCAUUCUUAUUUAUUCGGGUAUUUUAUUUAUUAUAGAAAUGAACAAAGGGAAAAAUGCAAUUAUAAACUCUCAAGAUGCUGUCAUUUAAAAUAACGAAGUAUUUGUUUAACAAUAAUUAUAAUUUAGGGUUUCAGUUUUAAUUCGACUGAAGUAAUAUUUUCAGCAGGAUUACUUGAUAUGAUGGGCCAACCUAUAUAAAAUGAAGGAAAUAGAAUAUUUAACAUUAUGUUUUACGUUUGUAAUAAAUCAUUAAAUGAAACAAAAUGUAAUUUUAUACCAGGUACUAUAUGUGGUGAAAGAAUAAGAGAAGCAUCAAAAGUAAUCAACAUAAAAUGAUUAAAUUUAGAAAUUAAAUAUUGCACCUGUUUAUGAAAACAUGACUUAUUGUAUGAGUGAAGAAUACAUUCUAAAAAAUCCUACAAUAAGAUUUUAAGGAUCUAAUCGGUAUGAUAAUUUUACUUUAUUGGGUGCAUUAAUUGAAAGAUGUAAAAAUAGUACUGAUACUUCAAGUAUUUCAUAAUAUAAUUUAGAUUGUGCAUCAUAAGAAGAAAUAGAUAGAUAUAUUACAAAUGCCAACCUUUAUUAUUCAUAUUCCUUCCAUUAACUCAAUAAAGAAUCUGAAGAUUCUCCAUAUUAGAAGACUGAAAAUAUCGAUAUAACUUCAUUGUAUAACAAAGUUGGUAAAUAAGUUAAUAUUUAUUUUCAAUACUCUUAAAGUUUUCUUGAAUACAAUCCAUUUUACUUUUUUCCUGAAAUAGUUUAACAUGAAGGAAUCGAAUAUUAAAAAACUAUAACUGAUAGUGUGCUUUAUUUUUAAGAUGCUAAUAUUUUAGCUAGAAUUGAACUUCAAUUAGAUGCUAAAAAAAAGGUUUCUUAUAUUACAUAUUAAACCUUAAUGGAUGUAGUUGCUAAAUUAGGGGGAUUAUUUACAAUAAUUAGAGCUUUAAUAGAUAUUUUGAUAUUUCCAAUAUAAUCAAUCUUAUAUAGGUUAUUUUUAAUUAAUUUCUUAAUUAGCCAUUAAAACUAAAAUGAUUAUAAAGAUAAUUAAAAGGAAAAUGAUAAAAAAAAAAAACUUAAUAUUCAACAUUUGAUUUUUUCUUAGCUAUCAAGAGAAAUAUUUUAUAAUUAAUCAGAAUUAAUAAAUAAAUAUUUGGAUGUUAGGUAAAUAUUAAUUCAUCCCCUCUAAUUUACUUAAAAAAUAGAAGGAUUAAAGUAUUCUAUCAUGAAAUUUGAUCUCCUAAGUUCGAGAUAAACUAAGUUAAUAACUAAUAAUAAUGAAAUGGAUGAAAUAGUUGGCAAAAAUAAUUAGGAAGAAUUAGAUUAAAAACGUUUAAGUUUUGGAACUAUCAAUUCAGAAAGAAAAAUAAAACAAAUCGAAUAAUAAUAUGUCUUUCCUAAAAGAAAGUUGCCAAUUCGUUGA